AUGAAGACGUCGUCGUUCAGAUCACUGUCAGUCGGCUUGUUCCUCUUACUAUCAGUUAGCUCCCUUCAGAGCGACCCCCAGCAAAGCUACUUGAUCAACUAUCCAACACAUCCACUCAUAAAUCCUCGAAUACAGCCGCUGGAAGUAGUACAGGACCAGUACAGUGUUCCUAGUAUCCAAAGGCCUGUAAAAUACUCGACCGAAUACGUAUCCAAAUCCUUCCCUGCUUACGAGCCAAACUACUUCCGCAGCGAUACAUCAUGGUAUCCUGCGAGUGUACCUGAGACAAAGUAUCGGCAGGACAACAGAUACUAUGAGUACCAGAAUUUUGCAUCGAGCAAUCAAGAGACGAAAGAAAACAGGGAUACGAGACAAGACAGUUUCAGACAAGAGGAAGAUUCGGAAAGUGUCUUGAAGGAAAAGGAAAUCACGAGGAACAUGAAUAUCCUUGAUAAAUUGCUAUCGGAGGAUUCGAACGAGAAGGAUCUAGAGAACAAUGGAUUGGAGGAGAAGAUUUUGUCCGAGGAGACGAAAAGGGUCGCCAGGCAAAUUAGGAAACAGAGGCCCGGAUUCUUUUGGACCCUCGCCAGAGUCACGUUCGAAGCCUUCAACGACACAAAAUCAGCCUUCCAGCAGAUCAGCGAGAUCAUCAACAACGGAAUUGCCCCGGAUUCGGCCACGCAGAGUUCCAUGCCAAGAGGUUCUCUCACAGUUAUUGGUGCCACAUCCCCGCCAAGGGACAUGACAGCUGUCAAUGAAACAGAAACAACCACAAUGUUACCUGCAACGACUACAGAGGCGCCGCCUUUCGUUCUCACUCGAGGCAGUCUUCAAACUCUGAUCAGACGGAACGUCUUGGGUCUGGUUCGAUUGUUCAACAUCGAGUGGAGAGACGCAUUAAACCAAUCGGAAGUCAAUGUGAGAGAAUUCCGAAAGGACCUCGGCAACCAGGUGGGCACCUUCCUCCAGGACAAUCCAAACGCGUACUGA